GCUGCCCUAACUCCACAUCAAGAAGGAAAAUAAAGAUGGCAACAACAGAUAUUGAUAUUGUAUAUCCAUCUGGGACCACUCUACCUCAAGCAGUACCAACCAACAAUCUCCAGUCUGGAGGAGGGAAAGGAUGGUACAAAACAAACAAUGGUCUCACUGCAAUUCUGUGCCUUGUAAUAUUCUUCCUUCUGUUGAUAUUAAGUGUUAUUUUCAUUUGCUGGAGAAAGAAAAAAAAGCUGAAAAAAUGUCUACAACAUGCUUCAAAGAUGACUAAUGAAGAGGAAAUUGUAUCUGAAGAGAGUCUACUGUAUAAUGGUGCCUAUAGUGAUAUAGACACUAAGGAUGAUGUUGUUAUUAGUAAUGGAACUAAGUACAGGAUCAAAUUGGACAAAAAUGAAGCAUAUGUUACAUUACCAGAAGUCAAAACAUCAAGAAGAAACAUUGAAUCCCAUACUUAUGAAUUAAUAGCAUAAAACAUCACUAAUAAUCAUUAUUCAUUGGUUAAUAACCAUAAUAGUAUUCAUUGCUCAUAAUUAAAUUAGAGGUGGGGCUUAGUUGUUAUGGAGUUUAGCAGCAUCUUUAGCCUUUUUGUCCUUUUCUCUUUCAUUCUAGCAAGAGAUCUCUCACAAGCCAGCAGACAGGUCCAGCCCCGCCAUGAGGAAGAUCAAGGGACCAUGGACACUUGUUAUCCCUCCAACGUGGUCUACCCUCACCGUUGUCAGGGAAAUGAGUGCACCAUGAGCCUCUCGUGGAGGGAUCACGAGGAAUGGGUCGAGUUUAACCUUACAGCCAAGACCCAGGGGCACUCAGUAUGGGUAGCACUGGGCUUCUCUGAGGAUGGAGAAAUGGCUAACAGUGAUGUGGUGACAUGUUGGUAUAACCACGGUUUUGAAAUACACACUGCAUGGACGUCAUCCAUUGGACACAGUCUCACAUUAAGCAAUGAUAACAAAGAUUCAGUUGCUCUCCUCUCGGCUAACUAUAGCAAUGGCGCCGUUUCCUGCCAUUUUAGUAAGAGAAAGGUCCCAUUGAGCAAUUCUUCUAUUCACGUGAAAUCCCUCUCACAAAAGAAUUGGCACAUUCUCCUCUCAUGGGGACAGCUAGCAAUAUCUCGCAAGAAUGAUGUAUCCAUGAGUCAGCAUGCAGUGAAGUUUAGCACCAGCUGUCCGUGUGAUGUCUCUGAUUGUUAUCAGAUGUGUCUUUGUGUCAAUCAGUUGAGGUUUCUCCUUUUCAAAUUGCACGGUUCUAUUAUGAUCAUUGUGUUUGUAUUUCUAUUACCACUGGCUACAAUAAUAGCAAGAUACUAUAGAGAUACUUUCCGUGAAAAUUGGUUCAAGAGUCACAUGACGCUGAUGUUAAGUGGUGUUGUUGGCAUGAUACUAGGACUAGGCUUUAUCCUUGGACACACAGGAGGGAAAUUCUAUGUGGGACCUCACCAGUUGAUUGGUAUCAUUGCUAUUGGAUUCUCUGUCAUCCAGGCUUUUAUAGCUGUCUUUAGACCUCACGCUGGCAAAUCUCUCAAGAGAAAGCUUUUUACUUUCUUUCACAGACUAAAUGCAGUUACUAUUCUACUGCUAGGAACUAUUGCCUUAUUCUGGGGCACAUGGUAUAUACAUAAGGAGCACAAGAUGGCUCUGCUGUGGAUGUACUCGUUGCUUUCUACUGCUCUCCUUCUCUUUUUAUUGAUUGUUCUCUUUUUGGAAUUGAGACAGUACAGAUCAAAAUGCACAGUUAUUAAUCCUCCAGUCAAGUAUCGUAAAUUAGAUCACCCAUCCUCAGAUACUGAGGACGAGGACGAGAUAUUUGUAAAAGAGAAUCCUCAGGAAUCUUCUAAGAAACAUUACGCCUCACCUUAUUUCAAAGAAAAGGUUAUUUUCUUGCUGUAUCUUCUACAAAGCUUCACACUAACAGGACUUCUCUCGGCAUUCAUAUUUUACAGGACGUCAGAAGAAAACUAGUCACACUCUCUCACACACAGUCUUGUGUAAUUCUCAUUCCCAAUGGCAUAUGUACUAUUCACGCUUUAUACAUGCAAUCAAAUUUUAUUCAUAUUAGCAAUGACAAUAAAAAUACAAUGGAACACAAUA